AAGCCUGCAGUGAUUCUCAGAAGAAGAGCUCAUUCUCUUCACAAUCUCGGGCGUGCUGGUUUUUAUUAAGUGAAUGCAUUGGGAUUAUUAGACUGUGUUUAUUUUCUAGGGCAUGUAAAGCAGCCCGCUGUAGUAUCUCCUGACUGGCUUCACACGGGCAGGUGUGUUUUUGGAGAAAUGAACGGGUCGGUCAUCCCCCACACCCCGCUAGCCGUGGACUUCUGGCAGGUGCGGAAAUGUAGCCAGGCGCGCCUGUUCUUCCUCUCUCACAUGCACGCAGACCACACCAGCGGCCUGACUUCCACCUGGAGCAACAGAGCCAUCUACUGCUCGCCUCUCGCCGCCAAGCUGCUCCGAUUAAAGCUACAGGUACGGGAGAGGUGGAUCCACCCCCUGGAGGUGGGACAGGCCCACCUGCUGCCCCUGGAUGAGGUGGGCAAGGAGACGAUGACAGUCACCCUGAUCGAUGCCAACCACUGCCCGGGCUCCGUCAUGUUCCUGUUUGAGGGCUACUUCGGCACCAUACUCUACACAGGUGAUUUCCGCUACACCCCGUUGAUGCUGAGGGAGCCGUGUCUCAGUAAGCACAAGCAGAUUGACGUGCUCUACCUGGACAACACCAACGCGAGCCGAGACCGGGUCCUGCCGUCCCGGAGCCAGGCCACCCAGAGGAUCAAAGAGCUCAUCCGCCAGCACCCCGAGCACGACAUUGUCAUCGGCCUUUACAAACUGGGCAAGGAGUCUCUGCUGGUGGAGCUGGCGUUGGAGUUCCAGUCGUGGGUGGUGGUGAGCCCUGAGCGGAUGGAGACCAUGCGUGUGCUGGGCCUCCCGGACGUGUUUGUCACAGAGGAGGGGGCUGGCAGAUUCAGAGUGGUGGAGCAGAGAGAGGUCAAGCACUCCGCCCUGAUUCAGUGGAACACCCAGCACCCAACCCUGGCCAUCCUGCCCACCAGCCGCCCGCUGACCCCCUGGCACUGCAACCUGCACGUAGUGCCCUACUCCGACCACUCCUCCUUCCAGGAGCUGGAGGAAUUUGUCUUGGCCCUGGAGCCCGGCUCUGUGAUCCCCAUCGUCAGAUCAGCCGCGUGUAACUUCUCUGCUUACCUGAGUCAGCGGGAGCAGAGACCUCCAGUGGAGGUGCCCGAAUCUGUGCAGCUGUUUAUGAAGAAGGACCCCGACCCUCCAGUUAAGCUUGUGCCGGGACCACCCAGACACGGCCCCCCUGUCCCCAGGGGGGUGAUGUUUGAGUCCCCGGAGCACAAGCCCAGACCAAACCAGCGCCAGGAGGAAGACCGUGACAAGACUGGACCCCCUCUAGACAAGCAAGAGUCCCAGUGCCAGGACCCUGAUUUCCCACAGAAAGUGCUGGGAGACUGCAGCAGAGCUGUCAUCCAGGUAGCAGUUAGGCGCAGAAAGAAACCCCCUCAAUCACUUGCUUCUUGCGAAAGGAAUAGAAAGCAGAUGAAGCUGGAUGAUGUGUGGUGUAGGAAUGGACUCGGUUCUCCAACACAGGCUUCAGGUAACACACUUGAGGACAACCCAACCCUGAAGUCUUCCUGCAAGCUGUUCACUCCCCCUAAGAGACUCAAUGAGUUGAAAGCAGAGGACGGAGACACCAGUGGGCUGCAAGAGCCGUCAAGAAGAGAAGCAGGCUGCAACGCAGAGGGUCUGGUGUGCCGUGCUUGGCAGGGAGUCUCCCUGAGGCCGUGGAAAGCUGAGAACGAGUCUGUGAGGCCGAGUGGGAGCGGCGGGCUUGUGAGGGGAUCUGGAGCCGAGGCAGAGUCAGCCUGGCUGUCUAAGAACACUGAAGCUGAAACCUGUCUUGAGCACACAAGAAACGCAGUGCCUGAAAGACAGCCUGUAGAUAGAGCUGGAUCCACCGGCCUCUCGUUUCCAGAGUCUGCUGAUUUUAUGACAGGAGCGCCGGUCCGAGCUGCCAGCUGCAAGGCUCUUGCAGUUAUUUCCAGUCACCUUGCGGAGAAGUACCGUCUCGCCCCCUUCAAUCAUGCGGGGCAGCGGAAACCAACUUUCGAUGAGCUUGUGGAAAGAUGCACCGGGACAUCCCAGAGCUCCUGAAACGCAACGGAGAUGAAACCCUUUUGUUGCAUCAGGUCCAGCUCGAUCUGUUCUACAAUGCCAGUACCUGAGAGAGGAAGCUGUUUGAAGCUCUUCUCUGUGUACCGGAGCCUGGGUAGCCCUCUCUGUGCUUGUAAAUCUUAUCUCGACUCCGAGUCGCUGAACACUGUGAGGUGUGGCUGCAGUGUGGUAACUGCUGUUACACUGUGUGCUGUUCGCAGUGCUGGAAGAGCAGGCUGCGAGUUGUACACUCUGUGAUUUUCAAGUUAUUUCGGUGUAGAUUUGGUCUUGAUUAAGUAGUCUUGUUAAACUGGGUUGUUCUGAAGCUCAGCAUCUUGUGCUUUUGGUGCAAAAAAAAGAUGAAACUAACCUGUGCCAUUACUUUGUCCUGGGCUGGGAGAGAGCAGUAUGCACUGUUUUGUAAGUUGUUAAAUACUGCAUUAGUGCUUUUUGUUUUUAACACUUGUAUCUUCAUUGUGUCUGAUUGUCUUUGUCUAGUAUAGGUGCAGUGCUGUACUGUGGUGUUUAGAGCCACUGCUGUACCUGAAUGUGUUCAUUUAUAACGCCCCGUCAUUAAUAAAGCAUCUAUACUGUAGUAUAGCCUCUCCCUCGGAGACGCAGUAUUUUCACACAUUCGAUGAACUCCUGGAAGCAGUUCAGUGGGAUGGGACUGGUUCUGCUGUAGACUUCAUUUACUGUUUAUAUUCAUUUGUAUUCAUUUCAAAGUUAUAGAGAUUUUCAUACAUUAUUCAAUUACAAUUCACAACGCACUCCCCUUAACACAGCAUUUAAAAUGCUUUUAGUGCUUUUAAUAGGGGUUUCUGAAGUAUGUGUUUUAAAGUAACUCCUGAGCAUUGGGACAUUUACUGUACGAUUUUUCUUUUGCAAGGAAUUUGAACAGAAAGUGCAGGACAGAUGGUGGCACUUUGUGAAUACCUGCCUGCCUCGUUCUUAACGGCUCAGUGAAGCGAAACAAUCAUUUGAUUGUGAAGACAGCGUUGAGGGAAGAUGCGCUGUCAUCAUGCAUGUGUUACUCUGUGUUCCUGAUUGGACGCGGGUACAGCACGGAGGGGUGUGCUGGAGGUUUGGAUUGACAAGGGGCAGCACUCGUGCACGUGCUGUUAUUAGAUCAUUAAGCGUUAAGGGAUACCGAUCCCAGGUGUUAGCGGAAGGGCGUGACUGCGUUCCAAAGGGUUCUUCAGAAGAGCACAUGUUUACAGGACUGUACAGAACUCAAAGGUAUGACAAGCAAGAGAAAGCAGCACACAGGUCAACCCCAGUUCCCUUACAGGAGCCCCAGUAGCCCAAAAUUAAGCCGUGUGAACUGGCAGCUGCUAUUUUUGGAACAUACAGCUAUAGCCAAAAGUUGUGCAUCUCCUGUAGAAUGAACUCAUUUUGCUUCAUAAAGUCAAAUGAAGAAUUAUGUCAUUUAUCAUAUAGAAUUACACACGGCUUUGUAGUUUUCCAUAUACUGAACAGAAAACUGGCAAAUCCACAAAUUUCACAUUUCAAAAUCUAAUGUGAAGUAGGGUACUACUGUUAUGGCU